CGCGGAUUACUCCGACCCGACGAGAGGCUCCUUCCUCGGGCUGCUCUGACCCAAGUCGACCCGGGCAAUUUCCGUCAAAGCGUUUUGCAGAGAAUGAAAAUGUCUGCGGCUGACAUCUCCCAGGUGCUCAAAGAGGGUGAGCUGGAGAAGAGGAGCGACAACCUGCUCCAGUUCUGGAAGAGGAAGACCUGCGUCCUGACCCCCGACAGCCUCAACAUGUACGCCGACACGCACAAGCGCUCCCGGGGCAAAGAGCUCAAGUUGCAGUGCAUCAAGAAGGUGGACUGCGUGGAGCGCACCGGCAAGUUCGUCUACUUCACCAUCGUCACCACUGACGACAAGGAGAUCGACUUCCGCUGCCCGGGCGAGGACAACUGCUGGAACGCGGUCAUCACCAUGGCCCUCAUCGACUACCAGAACCGCAAGGCCAUCCGGGACUUUAAGACGCGCCAGGACAACGAGAGCGCGUCGCCGGGCCAGCAGGAGCGUCGCAUGGCGAGGGCACCCUGAGACCCCCAGCCCGAGCCUCACGCUCUAUAUGCGUGUGUGCGUGUGGACCACACAAGAAAUAAUCAUUCAAGGACCAACCAGAAGGGAACGAUGACGUCAUCCGGUCCAGAGAUGAAGGAUCGUGGACUGAGCUGUCACGACGACUCUCACAAAUCCAGCAGACAUUUUCCAAACUCCACUCUCAUGGAUUGACAAGGGAAGUUUGCUCUCGUUGGAGAGAAGAAAAAAAGAAGAAGAUGUUUGUUAAUUUAUUUGUUUCCAGGAUAUGGUGUCUUCUGGUAAACUGCACUUGUAUUGUUUAAAUUAUUUGCUUGUUUCAAAGCAUGAUAUGUUAAUGUAUUUAUUUCAAUAAAUAUAUGCGCAUCUUUUUGACAAAA